AUUCCUGCCCAAGAUCCCAAGAUCCAGCCCUGCCCUCUGCCACUGGCAGCCAUUCCCUGGCUCCUCUUUCUGCCUCCCCAUGUAAAAAGUUCCUCUCCAGCCUUCUCAGAUCAAUGGUCCAGUGUCAGUCUGUAACUGGACGAUUUCAGAGGUCUGGAUGAGGUUUCUUAAACUGCCCACAGACAGACCCAAAGCCACAGAUCCAAAGAAUCAUGGAAUGGUUUGGGUUGGAUAAUCACCAGUUCCAGCUCCCUGCUAUGGGCAGGGACACACUCUACCAGACCAGGUUGCUCCAUCCAGCCUGGUCUGGAUGCCUGACACCUCAAGCACCCCGGCUUUGCCUUCCUGAGCAUGGGAGCACAGCUUCCCUGGAGGCCUGGAAGGCAGGAGAGCGGCUGUGCAGGUGACAGCCAGAUUCCAGGUGUGCCUGUAGCCACACCUCGGCCCGGGGGAUGUUGCUGAUGGGGCUGUGACACGGCAGGGUCCUGCUGUCCUUGUGCACGGCUUUUAAUUCCCAGCAGGGAGAGAUCACUGAAGGGCUCACAUGGACAGAGCAGAUGAACCUGCUGACAGCUGCAGCCCACCCUGCCAACCCACACAGCUGUUCCUGGAGACCUGGAGCUGAGGAGGAGACCUCUGCUUCACUGCCACCAUCCCUGCAAGCGUCCCAGGCCUGGCUGGACUGGGCUUGGAGCAAGCUGGGAUAGUGGAGGGUGCCUAUGGCACAUGGAACAAGCUCAGUGCAGUGACCACUGCCCGGCCAGCCCCCGGCGGGGACCCCCGGCCAGCCCAGCCAAUGGCCCCGCUGGAGGGGCCGGGCAGCGCCGGGACAGGGGAUAAAAACCCGGCAGGGUCUGUGCUCAGCUCCAGGCUCUGUGUCCAGCCCAGCAAAGCCAUCACCAUGGUGCACUGGUCAGCUGAGGAGAAGCAGCUCAUCACCAGCGUCUGGGCCAAGCUCAGCGUGGAGGAGUGCGGCGCCGAGGCUCUGGCCAGGCUGCUGAUCGUCUACCCCUGGACCCAGAGGUUCUUCUCUAACUUCGGGAACCUGUCCAGCCCCACGGCCAUCAUCGGGAACCCCAAGGUGCGUGCCCACGGCAAGAAGGUGCUCACCUCCUUCGGGGAGGCCAUCAAGAACCUGGACAACCUCAAGGGCACCUACUCCAAGCUGUCCGAGCUGCACUGCGACAAGCUGCACGUGGACCCCGAGAACUUCAGGCUCCUGGGGGACAUCCUGGUCAUCGUCCUGGCCACGCACCUCGCCAAGGACUUCACCCCUGCCUGCCAGGCCACGUGGCAGAAGCUGGUCGGGGUGGUGGCCCACGCCCUGGCCCACAAGUACCACUAAAGCCUCGGGAGGAAUCUGUGUCUGUGACAAGCAAUAAAAACUACAUUUUCUGCAAUUCUUUGUGUUC